AUGCUGGACGCCGCGUAUGAAGAUGCAGAAGACACGGUGGCCGAAACAGCAAGCCGGAAGGUCAAUGCUAGGAUUGCGCUUGAGGCCUCCGAUGGCGGCAGCACCACCGUUCACCGCGCAACUGUCAGCAGCACCGCCAGCAGCACCAGUAGAGUUUCCAAGGUGCCGGUUAUAACAUCGGUGGUGAUGAAUAUGUCGCGGCUGAGCUUCGGCACGCAGCGAUGCAUUAGCAUUGACCCAUGGGUGAAGCGGCGGAGCCGCGUUGUGGUGUCGUGGAACCAUACUGCACUGCACUCAUGUCCACCCUUCAUUCAUGUUCAUUCCACCACUGUAUUGCUUCUCCCUCUCCCCUACUUCUCCCUCUCUCCCCUGCUUGUCCCUCUCUCCCCUGCUGCUCCCUCUCUCCCCCGCUUCUCCCUCUCUGCUCCCUCUUUUCCCUGCUUCUCCCUCUCUCCCCUGCUUCUCCCUCUCUCCCCUCCUUCUCCCUCUCUCCCCUCCUUCUCCCUCUCUCCCCUGAUGCUCCAUCUCUCCCCUGCUUCUCCCUCUCUCCCUUGCUGCCCUCUCUCUCCCCUGCUUCUCCCUCUCUCCCCUGCUUGUCCCACUUGCCCUUGCUUCUCCCUCUCUCCCCUGUUGCUCCCUCUCUCCCCUGAUUCUCCCUCUCUCCCUUGCUUCUCCCUCUUUCCCCUGCUUCUCCCUCUCUCCCCUCCUCCUCCCUCUCUCCCCUGCUGCUCCAUCUCUCCUCUGCUUCUCCCUCUCUCCCCUUUUGCUCUCUCUCUCUCCCUUGCUUCUCCCUCUCUCCCCUGCUUCUCCCUCUCUCCCCUGCUUCUCCCUCUUUCCCCUGCUUCUCCCUCUCUCCCCCGCUUCUACCUCUCUUUCCUGCUUCUCCCUCUCUGCCUUGCUUCUCCCUCUCUCCCCUGCUUCUCCCUCUCUCCCCUGCUUCUCCCCCUCUCCCAUGAUUCUCCCUCUCUCCCCUGCUUCUCCCUCUCUCCCCUGCUUCUCCCUCUCUCCCCUGCUUCUCCCUCUAUCCCCUGCUUCUCCCUCUCUGCCUUGCUUCUCCCUCUAUGCCUUUCUUCUACCUUGCGUGCGUUCUUCAGCCUCGCCCUGUUGCACCCCCUCUGGAGCCCCAAACCCCCACGAGCAUUGCACUAA